CAUAAUCUCUCCUCCCAAUUCAUACAUUUUCUGCUUUCACUCUUCUCCUCAUCAACUCAAUUCACCGUUUCCGCCAUUUCUCCAUUGUCGUUCAGCCAAGCUCGCUCUAUCUGGGCACAGAGGAAAAGGCCGAUAAGAUCUUCUGAAGACGUAGAAGAUCUGAGGCCUCGGGAAUGAGUGCGUCCAGGUUCAUCAAGUGUGUGACGGUCGGCGAUGGUGCCGUUGGCAAGACAUGCCUCUUGAUUUCCUACACCAGCAACACUUUUCCUACGGAUUACGUUCCCACUGUAUUCGACAAUUUCAGUGCUAAUGUGGUUGUCAAUGGGGCUACAGUAAACCUUGGGUUGUGGGAUACUGCUGGACAGGAAGAUUAUAACAGACUAAGACCACUGAGUUAUCGCGGAGCUGAUGUUUUCAUUUUGGCAUUUUCUCUCAUUAGUAAAGCCAGCUAUGAAAAUGUCUCCAAAAAGUGGAUCCCUGAGUUGAAACAUUAUGCGCCUGGUGUACCAAUAGUUCUUGUAGGAACAAAACUUGAUCUUCGUGAUGAUAAACAAUUCUUUGUAGACCAUCCUGGUGCUGUCCCAAUAACUACUGCUCAGGGGGAGGAGCUCAGGAAAUUGAUUGAUGCCCCAGCCUACAUUGAAUGUAGUUCAAAGUCACAGCAGAAUGUGAAAGGAGUUUUUGAUGCUGCCAUUAAAGUUGUACUCCAACCGCCCAAGCAGAAGAAAAAGAAGGGAAAAUCUCAGAAAGGGUGCUCCAUUUUGUGAUUGACAUAAAUAGGUCCAAGGAUACAGCUUUCAGCUAUAUCUCCCCAUUUCGGUUUUGUAUUCCUUUGUUCCAGGGUGGCGGAGGUCCUUCCUUGUCAGGUGAAACUCCCAAGUCCUAACUGUCUCGAGAGUUAUGGUGUCUAGGCGUAGUAUCUAUGAUGAGUAAAGUUGACUCUUUUAG